AAUUUGAUCUUGUGUGCGAUAAACGAAACAAACGAUUGACGAUAGAUGACGGAGAAUAGGCGAAUUUAUUUUGAGGGUUGGGAGUGGGAGAUUAGAGCGAUGUCGAGGUAUUCUGUCGUGAUGUUGGAUUUUGGAAUUACCUGUAAGCGGAGAAGAUGAGGGGAGGGCAUGUCGGUAUGGUUGAACGAAGAUAUACUGAUAUUUGAGAGCGUCGGAUCGUCUCGCUCGGUGAUGUCCGUGGUUGAAGUGAGAGACAGAUAUAAGAGCAGACAACAAUCUUUAGAGAAGAUGGAGAUAAAAGGGCGAGUUGCCCUUGUGACAGGAGCCGCUGCCGGUAUCGGCAAAGCAUGUGCCAUCGAGCUGUUAAAUCAGGGUGCCAAGGUGGCCAUUUGUGAUAUUAACACCGAAGAAGGAGAGAAGCUGGUGGAGACAUUGACCGCGAAAUAUGGUAAAGAUCGCGUGAUCUUCUCGCAAUGCGACGUCACAGAUUACCCGCAAUUUGAAGAAUCGUUUCAGACAACGAUCGCCGAAUUCGGUCAUAUUGAUAUCGUUGUUAACAAUGCUGGUAUCAUGAAUGAUCGAUUUUGGGAGCUUGAAGUAGACAUUAAUCUCAACGGAGUGAUUCGCGGCACUUUGCUCGCUCAACGGUUUAUGGGCACGGACAGGGGCGGCCAGGGUGGAGUCGUUAUUAAUACUGGCAGCAACGUCAGCAUCAACCCUUACGUCAGCGUGCCGAUUUACUCCGCGACGAAAGCGGCCGUCGUCAACUUCACCAGGGCUUUCGGGGAUCAAUAUCACGUGGACUUGACGGGCGUUAAAGUGAUGGCACUCUGUCCAAGUGCCACAGAGACCAAAUUAGUGCGAGACGUCGGCAGGAAGCUUCUUCUAGCUCGAUACGAGGAUGCUUGGCAAAGAGAUACAGCUUCGUCAGUCCCUCAAAGGGUGGAACACGUGGCGAAGGCGUUGGUACAUGUGUUGAAUACCGGCAAGAGCGGAAGCGUGUGGAUGGUGGAGAAGGAGCAGCCGCCGCACGAGAUCAGCUUCUCGAAGCACCUCAGACAACACAAGGAGUGGACUUACUCGCUGGCUUUGGUUCCGCAUCUACGCGCCUUCUUCAUCAUUCUUUUUUUGUUCCGUGCUUCUUACCUAUCGGCUCGCGAAUCCGAUCUUGUUUACCUCGAGAGCAGGUUCACAUUAUCCAUAUCAGAUUCGCGAAUGAUAUUCUAUCACCAUCGGCUUCUCGAAUUUCAACAUCUGUGGCUCGCUCCCAGCAGUAUCCGGCAGAUUUAUUUGCGGAUCGGUGCUCGACGAGAUCGUACCUCCAGUGCGAUCGGGAAAUCCGCGAAUUGCAUUCGCAAGGGAGAACAUCGAACGGACUUAUCCAACAUGGAAAUUCAGGAGAAAAUCGUGCUUAUCACUGGAGGAGCCAACGGGAUCGGUUAUUGCACCGCUCGGGAAUUACUGCGAAGUGGAGCAAAGGCCAUUGCAAUUGUAGAUUUGCCCGAUUCGAACGGUGAACAUGCCGUGGAGGAAUUGGAGAAGGAAUUUGGUACGGAUCACGCGAUUUUCCUCCCUGGGAAUGUGGCAAAUGCUGACGAACUUACAGCUUGCUUCAACAAGGCGAUAGAAACGCUUGGCACGUUGGACAUUGUUAUCAACGGGGCUGGGAUUAUGAAUGAUGCCGAAUGGGACUCGAUGGUUGAUAUUAAUUACAAAGGAGUUGUAUGUGGCACAAUAUUGGGUCUGAAUCAUAUGGGAAAGCACAAAGGCGGAAAAGGUGGUACUAUCGUCAAUAUGUCCUCCAUAGUCGGUCUGAAGGGCAAUCCGAUCGCACCGAUUUACGCCGGUACGAAAUUCGCCAUCCUUGGAUUUAGCUCAUCAUUACAGACUUUUUACGAGAAGACCGGUGUACGCGUGUUGGUGAUAUGUCCUGGUCUCACGAAUACUGCCAUGGCGACGAAAUUCAUGUCUAGCAAAAUCUAUGCCAUGGACAUCCUCGAUGACGAGAUUGCUGCGAAGGAGAUGACAACAAUGGAUGGCCAAUCACCUGAACACGUGGCAACUGCUAUUGUAGAGUUAAUCGAAAAGGGAGAAAAUGGCACGAUUUUCGUUAGCGAAAAUAAUCAACCCUCAUAUGCUGUGAGAUUACCGUCUUACACGGAUCUCAAAGUGUGAAAUUUACACGGCCAAUUAUCUUUGGUACACGGACACCGGCGUUAUGAAGGAAGAUUUCACUUUUACGAUUUUUAAAUACAAGCAUCUUCUAAUUGGGAUCAAACACCGAAGAUGAAUUCAAUAUAAUCGCAAUAUAAAAUUUAUGAUUAUUAAGAAUCUAUUUGUAAAUUUGUGCAUUUUAUUCACUAAACUUUGUCUUUAUGCAACGAGAUUAAUAUAUCAAUUUGUAUUUAUACAGAAGAUGUUAUAUAAAUUAUUAUAACUUUCAAAUUUUUUCAUAACAUGAUUAUGCUGUGUGAGUUAUGAAAUUGUAUAAGGAUAUUCCUCAUCUCUCUACAAAUAGCUUGCAGCCAUAAAUAAUCGCUUACACUCUCUUCAAGCUCGAAUUAACUAAGUAAUAUUUUACGAAAAAGUCCUUUGUAACAAUUGGAAUAUACAAUUAAUAGCAGUGAACAAUGUAGCUACACUGUUAUUUUAUAAGAGUAAAUAAAAGAGAACAGAUAGUAGUAACAAUAUAAAAUAACAACAAAAAAUAUUGUUUGUU